UUCCUUCGCCUCCAUCGCCAUGAGGGCUGGCAGCGCCGACGGCAGGACCGCGCCUUGCGUCUGUCUUGGAUUGUUGUUUGCGCUGCUCGGCGGAGCCGGGACGCUGCGAGGAACUGACACCAGUGAAACUCUCCCUGAAUCUGUCCCCUCUGCUCCCGGGACACUACCCCAUUUCAUGCAAGAGCCUGAUGACGCAUAUAUCAUUAAAAGCAACCCAAUUGUGCUGCGCUGCAGAGCCAUGCCAGCAAUGCAGAUCUUCUUUAAAUGCAAUGGGGAGUGGGUUCAUCAAAAUGAGCACGUCUCUGAGGAGAGCAUGGACAAAAGCACAGGCUUGAUGAUUCGAGAAGCAUACAUCAAUGUGACAAGGCAGCAAGUGGAGGAUUUUCAUGGGCCAGAGGACUACUGGUGCCAGUGUGUGGCUUGGAGCCUCCUAGGAACUUCAAAAAGCAGGAAGGCUUCAGUUCGCAUUGCCUAUUUACGCAAAAACUUUGAGCAAGACCCCCAGGGCAAGGAAGUCCCAAUUGAAGGAAUGAUAGUGUUGCAUUGUCGGCCACCAGAGGGAGUUCCUGCAGCAGAG